AUGCGGGAAGCUUUUUGCGCCCUUGUUGUACAUCUUACGCUGCGGUGGUUACACUUCUCGUGGGACGACUAUUUUCACGCCGUAUGGAGGAUUUUGGUAAAGGAAAUUGGGGAUUUGGAGCUCGCGGCGCCUAGUUCGAGUUUAUUUAGAGGAGGCACCACUGCUGAUGAUGUUGCCUAUGCUCCUACUUCUGCUCCUACUGAAGGGAACGAACCUAAAAGAUUGCAUUCUGAAGGCUCUCAAGGCCAUGGAAAUAACGAACAGGGGGCACCUAAUGAGGCCAUCAAAAAAGACCACGACAGUAUAGAUGGAAAUGCUCUUAUUCCAUUUGCUAAUCAUACGGGAGAACCCUCUCAAACUAAGGAGGGGAAUGAAGAUUUUAGCAGGGCUAGGCCCAAGAAAGUGCCAAGCACCAAGGACAGGAAUGCCACUGCUCGCACUGAGUUGGAGGAUUCAGUUGAUGACUCUUCCCAAGGGACAAAUAGAUGCACUUUACCAAGCCCCAGGACAGAACACAUCUCUCUCCUAAACAUAGACGAACCUAAAAGGUGGAUGAGACGGAGAAAAGUAAAUAAAUGGACCUACGAGGAGGAAAAUGCUUUGGCAGAGGGUGUACGAAAGUAUGGAUACCAGUGGACACGCAUAUUGGAAACCUAUCAAGAAAUAUCUAGAGAGAGAACUUCUGUUGACCUCAAAGAUAAAUGGAGAAACUUGCAAAGGAAAUGA